GACCACCGGCUUCAAGAGGAGGAAGAGAUAGCAAAGCUAGAUGAUACAGCAUGCGAGCAAGCAAGAGCGGUUUUAGCCACCAAAGCCGAAAGCCGUCGGGGCAUCGGCUCUCCUGCCGCUUCUAGCUAAUACAGAGCUAAGCAAGCGCCAAAUGGUUCCGAUUGUUCUUCUUGCUUCUGAAUUGUUGUGACCUGUAUCUACAAGGGUAUAGUUAGGUAGAUAGAAAGAGGGGAGAAAGGAGCCGGCCAGAGGGCGGAGGAGCGGCAGGGGGCGGCGGCGAAAUGAAGCUCCAUUUCGUGCUCAGGUUCCUGUUCGGCCCCGUGCCGGUGUACUUCUCGGCGCUGGCCAUCCUCAUCCUGCUGACGAACGCGCAGUACUUCGGGCUGGUGGGCGUCACCGUGCCACGCGCGACGAAGCUGGCGUCGUCGGCGCCGGUGGUGAGCGUGAUGAAGUACUGCGACAUCUUCCGCGGCGAGUGGGUGCCGGACCUGGAGGCGCCCUACUACAACCACAAGACGUGCUACAUGAUCCAGGAGCACCAGAACUGCCUCAAGUACGGCCGCCCCGACCUCGGAUUCCUCAAGUGGCGGUGGCGCCCCUCCGGCUGCGAGCUCCCCCGCUUCGACCCCGUGCAGUUCCUGCAGUUCGCCCGCCACAAGUCGCUCGCCUUCGUCGGGGACUCGUUGGCUCGCAACCACAUGCAGUCUCUACUCUGCCUCCUCUCCCAGGUGUCGUAUCCCAAGGACAUUUCGGCGAACCCGUCGACGCAGAACAAGGUGUACCAUUACAGGGCGUACAACUUCACCAUCAGCAUGUUCUGGUCGCCGUUCCUGGUGCGGGCGCGGGAGCCCGACCAUGACGGGCCGGCGCACACCGGGCACUGGAGCCUGUACCUCGACGAGCCCGACCAGUCGUGGGUGUCCGAGAUCUCGCGGUUCGACUACGUGCUGGUGUCCGCCGCCAACUGGUUCUCCCGCCCCUCGCUCUUCUACGAGAAGCGGCGGCUGGUCGGGUGCAGCUUCUGCAGCCGGCAGUACGGCGUCCCCGACCUGACGCUCUACUACUCGCAGCGCCGGGCGUGGCGCGUGUCGCUGAAGGCGAUCAACGACCUGGAGAACCUCCGCGGGCGGGUGAUCGUGCGGAUGCUGUCGCCCAUGUCGCACUUCGAGAACGGGACGUGGGACCAGGGCGGCGACUGCAAGCGGACGCAGCCGCUCCGGAGCAACGAGACGGUGAUGGAGGGCCGCGACCUGCACUUCUACACGGCGCAGAUGGAGGAGUACCGCGCCGCGGAGAAGGUGGCGGAGGCCAAGGGCCGGCGGAUGAUGCUCAUGGACGCCACGGCCGCGAUGCUGAUGCGGCCCGACGGCCACCCCAGCCGGUACGGCCACCUGCCCAACCAGAAGGUGCAGCUCUACAACGACUGCAUCCACUGGUGCCUGCCAGGCCCCAUCGACAUCUGGAACGACAUGCUCUUCCAGAUGCUCCUCGCCUAACGUGAUCGAUCGCCAUCGGUAAAUGCAAUUUACUACUGCACAGACAGGAUUGCUCUUGCUGUUGUUUCAAGGCAGUUUUGACAAGGAUUUUUAUUCGAUAUUGCACAAUAGAUUCUUUUUUUUUCCUCCCCUCCCCUUUCCCUUCAUUUCCUUUCAUUUCGUUACUGCUGACGCGAAUUUUUAAUGGAUCGUCACCGUAAAGAGUGAACGAAAAAAUGUGCCUCC